AUGACUUACUGCCGGAGAGUGCCCCUGGUGGUGGGAGGUCCACCGCAGGAGUCGGUCAGCCAGACUUUGGGGACACAUGCCACCUUGCUGUGCGAGGCCAGCGGAGUCCCCGCCCCCACGGUCACGUGGCUCAAGGACGGCACACCCAUUGAGAGUAGUCUCCAGUGGCAGUGGUCAGUGCGCGGCAGCAGGCUAGAGCUUGGCCCCUUACAGCUCUCACACGCCGGGACAUACAGCUGCCUCGCCGAGAACACACUCGGACACGCGCAGAAGCAAUACACACUCACUGUACAAGUGUCCCCCAGCAUCCUGGACUCUGGGCGUCCGUCGGAGGUGAGUGUGUCAGUGGGGGGGGAGGUGACAUUGGAAUGUCGUGUAGUGGGGACGCCGCCCCCUCAGGUCACAUGGAUACGAGACGGACACACACUCCAUCACGCGGAACACACACACAUCACCAUGUCUCUGGACGGGAGCAGCCUGUCGUUCAGUCCGGUGGCGUUAGAAGACGGAGGCACCUACACCUGUCUUGCCAGCAGCCCCGCGGGCCAGGAGAGCAAGAUACACACACUACUAGUCAUGGUGCCCCCGUCCAUCGCUGGUGAGAGUGACAGCUCGUCUCCUCGUGAGGUGGUUGCUACGCAGGACAGCACGGUGACCAUGGAAUGCCAGACCACAGGAAGUCCCGCCCCCCUGAUCAGCUGGCUGCGUAACGGACGGCCCCUCAGCCUAUCAGCACGCACCAGGCUGCUCAGCCAGGACACACUGCUCAGGAUAUCUCCAGUGCAGUUGUCUGAUUCAGGUGUGUACACCUGCGUUGCCCAGAGUAGAGCCGGUCGCGCCGAACUCAACUUUGACCUUCAGGUUCAAGUUCCCCCAGGAGUGGACCAUGUGGAGCCCACUGAGCAGGUCACCGUGGUAACAGGCUCCCAGGUGGCGUUGACGUGCGAGGCUCGCGGAGUCCCGCCCCCCGUGCUCACCUGGCUGAAGGACGGCCAGGAGCUCUCGCUGCAGCGCAACCUGCUAUUGGACGGCCAGGAGACCCGCCUCCUGCUGCCUCACGUCCUAUUGGAGGACGCCGGGCUCUACAGCUGCACGGCGGCCAAUCAGGCGGGCUCCAGUACCAAGACCUUCAACCUUACCGUGCUGGAGCCUCCUCGUAUAUCUGGCCCCUCUGGUCCUGAGGAGAUGCUGGUUGCCCUGGGCAGCGAGCUGCAGCUGGAGUGCGUUGCCGAGGGAACGCCCCCCCCAUCGCUCAGCUGGCUGAAGGACGGGCGCCCCCUGGGGGAGGAGUCAGACCUGGUGGAGAGGGCGGGGCAAAUACUACGCAUCAAUAAAGUCACGGUGGAGGAUGCUGGCUUGUACACCUGUCUGGCUACUAGUCCUGCUGGAGAGGACGGCAAGAACCACUGGGUACGAGUACAAGUCCCGCCCACCCUGCUGGGUUCCGAUGACGUCAGACUGGUUACCGUGCCGAUGAAAGGUCACCUGACCCUGGAGUGCCAGACGGAUGGAGACCCGCCCCCAACCAUCGAGUGGAUCAAAGAUGACCAAGCACUACAGCUGGGUGGUCGUAUCCAGAGCGCGGCGGGUGGCCAGAUCCUGGAGAUUGGGGACGUGAGAGCGGAGGACAGCGGCCAUUACAGCUGCAGAGUCACCAACAUGGCCGGCAGCACCAGCCUGUUCUUCACUGUGGACAUACUACUGCCCCCGGUGAUCCGAGAGGGCAGCUCAGUGGUCACCGCACAUGUCAAUCAAGACGCCGUCCUACCGUGCGAGGUGGAGGGCGGGACCAACCCCUCUGUGGUCUGGAGGCGGGACACUGGGCUGCUGGCGCUAGGCAACGGCAGGUACACUGUGCUGUCGGAGGGUUCCUUGAGGGUGGAGUCUGUGCAGGCGACGGAUGCUGGGCGAUAUUAUUGCUCCGCCUCCAACGCGGCUGGCUCAGACCACAAGCACACAGACCUCAGAGUCAGCGUGCCCCCCUCCAUCUCUCCUGGUCCCCUUAACGUCACGGUGACGUCUGGUCUCCGCGCGCUGCUCAGCUGUGAUGUCACCGGCUCUCCCGUUCCCACGGUAACCUGGAGGAGGAACGGAAAUCCCAUCAACACCGAUCUCACCUCCAUACACUACAGGCUGCUGCCGUCUGGUUCUCUCGUCCUAUUGGCUGCCUCUGAGGAGGAUGACGGAUACUUCGAGUGUGUGGCUGAAAACCCGGCGGGAGAGGAGCGAAGACUCAUACAGGUCACACUACAAGUGCCCCCGACCAUUGAGGACGACGUAACCAUGGUGACUGCGGUGAAGAUGUCCCCUGUCACGUUGCCGUGUCACUCGGCCGGACGGCCUCAACCCCUCGUCACCUGGAGCAAGAACGGGGCGCAGCUGGGAAACAGAGGAGGACACUACAGAAUACUGCCCACAGGUGCUCUGGAGAUCACUGCCAGUCUGCCGAGUCACGCGGGGCGAUACACCUGCGCAGCAAGAAACCCCUCAGGAGUGGCAUACAAACACACCACGCUCAGCGUACAGGAGCCUCCUGAGAUUCGACCAAUGGCUGAGGAGAUUGAGGUGGUGCUGCAUCAGGGCGUGGUGUUGCCGUGCGACACUCAGGGAUUCCCCCGACCCUCCAUUACCUGGCAACGAGAGGGCGUUCCCCUGGCAACCACCGGUCAUCGUAUGGCAGUUCUGUCCAACGGAGCUUUGAAGUUCUCUCGUGUAACCCUGGGAGACGCCGGAACCUACCAGUGUCUGGCCCAGAACUCAGCCGGAACCGCAGUGGGGAAUACACGCCUGGUGCUGCAAGUGCCCCCGGUAUUGAGUGUGCCUGUGCUGGACUACAGUGUGGUGCUGGGGGGUUCUGUGAGUCUGGAGUGUGUAGCGGAUGGCCAGCCCCCUCCUCAACUCAGCUGGACUAGAGACCAUCGCCCCCUUGUGGACGGAACACACACGCGCAUCUACGCCAACGGAACGCUGCACCUCACCGCCGUAACCCGCAGCAACGCCGGAACUUACACAUGCUCCGCCCACAACGCAGCCGGACGAGCCAGCCAGGACAUCAGACUGACCGUGCAGAUCCCGCCCAUGAUCCCGGUUGGCCAGUCGGAGCUGUCCAUCAUGCAGGGUUUCCAGGCGCUGUUGCCGUGCGCCGCCCAGGGCCUUCCGGAACCCCGGGUCAGCUGGGAGCGCCGCGGAGUUCUAGUGCCCAACCGGCCCGGAAAAUACACCACCCUGCGCUCAGGAGAACUCAUUAUCGAGAGAGCAGAGGCUGGUGAGGUGUGUGUGUUUACAUGUGUGGCCACCAACGCUGCUGGCUCCGCCCGCCAUGACAUCACGCUGUCCGUCAACGUAAGGCCCGCCUUCAAAGAGCUCCCAUUGGACCUUACCCUCAACAAAGGACAGAAGCUCCUCCUACCGUGUCACGCCCAGGGAACGCCCACACCCACAGUCACGUGGAGUAUAAACAACACACCACUUACAGGCGUGACUGUAGAUGAGUCCGGUCGCAGUACUCUGGUCAUCGAGAACGUCACCGCAGCCGACGCCGGAACCUACAUGUGUGUAGCCGAGAACACAGUCGGCAGCGUACGGGCACUGUCAUUCGUACGCAUCAGAGAGCCCCCUUCUUUGAGAGGCGAGGCCCACACCAGCCAAUCCGUGCCGGCAGGAGGUGUGGCCAUGCUUGACUGUGCCGUGAUUGGUGACCCUCUUCCAAACCUGCGCUGGUUCCGAGACGGACGGCCCCUUUUGGGCUCCACCCGCCUCCAGCCCCUACGCAACGGCUCAUUGGCUGUCUACAGCGCCACGAGUGGGGACUCUGGAGAGUAUCGGUGUGUAGCGGAGAGUGAAGCUGGAACAGCAGAGAGGACCAUCACACUCAGAGUACAGAUUCCUGGGGGCUACUCCAGUUGGCAGGCGUGGGGGCCGUGCAGCGUAACAUGUGGGCGGGGCAUGCAGGAGCGAAUCAGAUCGUGCGACAGCCCGGCUCCAUCCAAUGGCGGCCCUCCAUGCGAGGGAGCCAGUACGGACACCAGAGGAUGCCAAGCCUCACUAUGCCCAGGUGAGUCUCCUCGGCGUGCGCGGGGUAGUCUUAUCGGCAUGGUGAACGAGCGGGAGUUUGGAGUGGCGUUCCUGGAGGCCAAUAUCACUGACCAUCCACAAGAUGGCGCCAGCACCAUACAGGCACACGUGGACAACGUACCACCUAGUGUUGGUCCUCUGUUGCGAGUGCUGGUGUGUGUGUUCACUCCUAUCUACUGGUCGUCAGUGCUGCAGUCGCAGGGCACGGUGAACGGAUACACACACACACACGGCCACUUCAGACAGGAGUCCCAGCUGGAGUUCCCAACAGGGGAGGUUCUGAAGUUGACCCAUGUGGCUCGUGGUCUGGACCCUGAUGGAGUUCUGCUGGUGGACAUCGUCAUCAACGGAUACCUGCCCCCUGCUCUCGCCAACACACAUCUCAACAUACAGGAGUUUGAUGAGUCCUACGUGCAGACGGGGCCCGGCCAGCUCUACGCCUGGUCCUCCCAGAACCUGGGGCCCGGGGCCGGGGACGGGGGUCUGCAGGGGGGCCCCGAGUUUGAGUUUGGGGACCCCCUGUCGGUGCGCUGCAACCACUCGCUCGUGUUCGAGGGCCCCCAGGAGAGACAGGGGCCCCUAUUGCAGCUACUGAAGCUCUCAGGAAUCAGUGGACUAUACAGCAGCCUGACACUCAGUCUGGAACUGGAGAUGACGGCUACACUACUGCUACCAGAUGGUGAGGGGGAGUCCUGUCCAAAUGGCUUCGUGCUCGACACAGCCUCAUACUGCACUGACGAGGAUGAGUGUGAGGUGGGGUCUCCGUGUUCUCACUCCUGUAACAACAUCAUGGGAGGAUUCUCCUGCACCUGCCCCACCGGAUUCUCCAUCUCACCACGAUCACACACCUGUCAAGAUAUCGAUGAGUGUGUGCAGGGUUCCCAUAUGUGCCACUAUAAUCAGCUGUGUGUCAACACUGUGGGCACCUAUCGCUGCCAAGCCAAGUGCGGACACGGAUUCAAACCCAGCCUCACCGCCACAGGCUGCGAAGACGUAGACGAGUGUCGGGAGUCGUCCGUGUCGCCAUGCCAACAUCAGUGUGUCAACACUCUGGGCUCCUACCGAUGCUCCUGUCACCCGGGAUACCAGAUGUCUGGACACCGCUGCCUAGACAUCAAUGAGUGUCUGCGGAGUGUGUGUCCGGCCAAUCAGCAGUGUCGGAACACAGAGGGCGGUUACGAGUGUGUGGACAGCUGCCCGUCAGGAUUCACACCCGCAGAGGAUGGGACAUGUUCAGACAUAGAUGAGUGCCAGGACGGGAGCCACUUGUGUCGCUACACCCAGGUCUGCCAGAACACUGUGGGGGGGUACGGGUGUGUGUGUCCGCGCGGAUACAGCUCACAAGGAGUAGGACGACCAUGCAUAGACAUCGACGAGUGUCUUCAGAGUCCCAGUCCGUGUGCGUUCCAGUGUCGGAAUGUUCCAGGCAGCUUCCGGUGUCUGUGUCCGGCGGGAACCGUGUUGCUAGGAGACGGGAGAUCGUGCGCAGGGCUGGAGCGCGGACACACACUGCGGAACGGGACGCGGGUUCGCGUGCCCCUGCGUCCGCAGCUGGUGUCGACGUUGGGCAGGCCGUACCUGCAGCAGACUCACCUGAACGCACACCUGAACCCCAACGGCCGGCCGCCCAGCUCACGAAGCCCCCGACACGGCUGCCCACCGGGAUACACCAGCCACCAGGGGGCAUGCAUGGACAUAGAUGAGUGUGCCCAGAGGAAGCCGUGUCAGCACGAGUGUGUGAACACACAGGGAAGCUACAGCUGCACAUGCCCACCAGGAUACCAGCUCACGGCCAACGGCCGCACCUGCAGAGAUAUUGAUGAGUGUUCGGAGCAGGGUAUCCAGUGUGGCCCCAGCCAGAUGUGUUUCAACACCAGAGGAGGAUACCAGUGUCUGGACACCCCCUGCCCUGCGCAAUACACACACACUGGAACACCGGGGAUGUGCUACCGGCCGUGCUCUCGACUCGACUGCGCCCCCGGUGGCUCCCCGUUGCUACUGCAGUAUAAGCUGUUGCCCCUCCCCCUAGGCAUUCCAGCCAAUCACAACGUGGUUCGUCUCUCCGCCUUCUCGGAGGCAGGUGUUCUGCAGGAGCGCACUUCUUUCCGGUUGCUGGAGCAACAACAGUCUCCGCUGGCGACGGUCUCCAAUGGCAACCAGCCGUACCGGCGUUCCGCAGCGGGGCCCUUCGGUAUCCGUGACGAGAGGGGGCGGGGCAUCAUCUUCACAGUGCGGCCGCUAGACAGCGCGGGAUUGGUCAGACUCAGAGUGCAGGCCACCACUCUCAACCAGGACGGACGAAUCACGUACCAGAGCAUCUUCAUCAUUUACAUAUCGAUAUCCACCUACCCCUACUGA